AGCCGUUCCUAUGGAGCGAAUUAAACAUUAAAUCAAAGAACAAAAAGACGUAGAGGCUAUGCGACGAAUGCCUGCAUUACUAGUCCGUCAUGUCCGUGAUUGCACCGAAAUAUCGGAGCGUCUCGAGCGAAGAGGCGCAAAAGGCUGGGCAGCAAUACUAUCGUGAAAAGAACUAUGAAGCUGCUCUAGAGGCGUUUUCAGCAGCGAUAGAGCUAAGCCAAUUCCCGGCGAGUGCGCUGGACAACAGAGCUGCAACUUUUGAGAAGCUUGGUGAUCUUCGAUCUGCGCUGAAAGAUGCAAAGCAGAUGAUCCAAGUAGAGAAAACAGGUGUCAAUGUAGGCAAAUUUUGGAAAACAAUCAAAUUGAUUCACGCUAAUCCUUCCAUUCGAAGGGCUAUCUUCGUGCGGGAAAAGUCCUGCAGAGAAUGGAGAAAGCUGAAACAGCCUUGGGCGUCUACAAAUACGGGCUGAAACACGUCCCAGGAGAUGCUGAGAACUACAAGCUUCUCAAAGGAAUGCACGACAAGCUAUCCGGGAAACUGAACCCUGUUGCGCCCAAAGAAGUGGACCCGUUAAAGACAUUGCCUCUUGAACUCACCGAGCAAAUCCUCAGACAGCUAGAUUUUAAGACUAUUGUGUAAGA